AUGGCAGCCUUCGUGAAAAGUUUACAAGCAUUUUCGGCUGCAAGAAAACUAUCUGGUAUUUCACUAUGUAGUGACCUAAAACUGAUACAGCGAGUGUUUUCAACACAUUUAUUAAGAACAAACAUCCCUUGUUUAGUGUCAACCAAGCCACGAUGCCUCCAAUGCACAGGAAAUUCAUUGAGGUUACUGAGGCAGACUUCAUCAGCAUCAAACACAUCAGUUAUUGAACAGGAAUUACCAAAAGAUGUACUUCAGAAGGUGGAAUCAGAGAUCCAGUCUAAUCAGAGUCGACUCUUUGCGGUGGUUUACGUAGCCGGCCAACAGUUCAAGGUCACCACUGAUGACCUCAUUCAAAUACAGCAGCACAUCACGGCAGACGUCGGAGAAAGAAUUUGCUUGGGAAAGAUACUGCUUGUUGGAAGUGAUAAUUUCAGUCUCAUCGGAAAACCCCUUCUAAGUCCAGAGCAAGUGAGAGUUGAAGCCACAGUCAUUGAGAAGACCAAAAGUCAGAAGAAAAUCGUCUUUAAGAUGAGACAACGGACACGAUUUAGGAAAUACCGUGAGGUGUAUGGGGAUCUAUCUGUGCUCAGAAUUAACAGCAUUGAGGUGGCACCACACUGACGUACCAAGUUAGUCUAGAAUUAAAAUUCAUUGAGGGUUAUGGUGGGAGAAAGAAAACAAAGUCAUCGGUUUUUAUAUCAAAAUAAAAUUUAUUCACGUCCAAGUUUAAUUUUUUUAUAGGAAGAGGGUUUUUUCCUCUAAAGAUGUCAAAUUCAAAUUUCUCUGCUUAGCAAACCUGAGCGGGGUACUGGUUAUAGAUGACACACAUAGUUUGGUUUUUUGACUGGUAACAUUUUUCUGCUCAGCAAGAUAUGUUUGUGCUGAGAGAAUUUGCACAGAUUUUAAAGAAGCUGUACAAAUUGUUGUCUCGCUUUUUCAACAUCCCUUUUCACAGAAGAAAAUCUAAAGAAUUCACACUCAAAGAAUUCAGUUCAUUAUAACCUAUUGUCAAAGUGCUUUUUGUUCAUACUGGGUAAUUAAAAAUAAGUAUAUAUAA